GUGUGUGUUUUCAUUUGGUACGAGGUUUACAACAUCAGUUGGGUUUCCCUUGCGUUUCAGAGUGAGUGGGCUUUUUCGUCUUCGAAUGUUUAUUUGUUUCAUAGGAAGCAGCAAGACAUCCGUGGGUUCCUGAUGUAACUCCCAAAUGAGCAAAAAGGCCUUUCCUUUCUUCUUCUUUGUCAUUUUCCUUUGUAUCUUUUAUUUCUUUGGAUUCCGAUCAGAUCCUCCUAAAUAAUUCCCAAUUAUUCCUAUUCGCACAGUUGAUAGGUCUGUUGGGUGGGCAGUGAAAGCUUGGUGAAUGGGGUUUCAGACUAUGGCUUCUCAAGCUAACGGCCAGCAGUCUCAUUUUCAGCCUUCUCCAUUGUUGAGGCAGCCCUCAUGGUAUAGCCUCACUCUUGAUGAAGUUAAAAAUCAAUUAGGAGACACGGGAAAGCCACUGGGCAGCAUGAAUCUUGACGAGCUUCUACAGAACAUAUGGACUGCUGAAGCAAAUCAAUCCAUCGAGAUGGAUAUUGAGAACACCUCCUCAGGAUCUUCACUCCAACGUCAGGCCAGCUUAACAUUGGCUAGAGCUUUAAGUGGGAAGACGGUUGAUGAGGUAUGGAGAGACAUCCAGCAAGGGCAGAAGAAAAGGUACGGGGAGGACAUAUGUCAGGAUACUGAGAUAACACUUGGUGAAACAACUCUAGAAGACUUCUUGGUACAAGCAGGUCUUUUUGCAGAAGGUUCUUUGAGUCCUGCUAUUGCAUUGGAUACUAUUGAAGUGGCCAUCCCUCAGAGUUAUCCACAUAACCUGGGGUUAUCGUCAUCCCCAUCAUUUGGUACACAUUCGGAUACAACGACGCCAGGGCGGAAAAGGGAUGCAUCAGAUGCAUAUGAGAAGACUAUUGAGAGAAGAUUAAGGAGAAAAAUCAAGAACAGAGAAUCUGCUGCACGUUCACGUGCUAGAAAGCAGGCAUAUCAAAAUGAGUUGGUGAGCAAAGUUUCGCGUCUAGAAGAGGAGAACAUAAAGCUCAAGAAAGAGAAGGAUAAGAAUGGAUAGGAAGAAAAAAGAGAUCCGGACUCAUCCCGGUCUUUGGCAUCACACCAAAGGUUUCCAGUAGAGAAAUUAGAAAAUUCCGGCAUCGCACUGGCCUUCGGCAUCACACCGAAGGUGCCUUGGAAUCACUCUCCAAGUCAACCUGUGCCUCACACACAAGCAGUAAUUCACAUAACUUUUUUCUUUCACCAACUCAGCUUUUAAAA